UGUUCUUCAUUAGUAAACUAGUAAACUUACUUUUAUUUAAUAUUUUUAUUAUUAAAAUAGUUUUAUUUUCACAUCAAUACAAAGAUUAGUACAACACGUAGCUUAGUCAGUAAGGUUUGGUCUGUUAAUGUAUAUACACAAUUUCAAAUAGUUUUCAAGCUCCAAAAACCCAGCUUAAACCCCUAGUGCUUUUCAUUUACCUUUCCAAUGCGGUGAGAGCAGUUUUGUUCCUGUUUGUGCGUUUGAAUUUUUCAUGAUUGUGUUAUUUAGAGCGUGUGUUUUCUGUCUCACUGUUUGGAGAUUGGUUUUAUUUGCAUCAAAUAAACGACCGCAGUGUAUUAUAAGGAUUGUUUCUCAUGCUAUAGUGCAUCUGAAGGUUUACUUUAUUUCUAUUUAUUCCUUUGCAUCAAUAUUGAUACUAUGGUGUUAAUAUUUGCGGUUUUUCAUGCAAGUAAUAAAAUUAAUCGGUCAAUGAACAGUUCAUUGACAUUUUUAUGCGUAGUUAUUAAAAAUUCAGAGCAACUACUUCAUGCUUUAAUUUCUUAUUACCAUGACUCCGAGCUGAUGUGUGGUGACGGAAAAACAGCGAUAAAUUGACACUGGUUUUUGUUUCAGAUGACGCCGAUACAAAUCGUUUUCUUAUUAGCGAGCCUUUGCUUUCGGGCUUCGGCUACCAAGCACCCAUGUACCUACAAAGAAAAAAUCUAUCAGGACGGUCAAACUUUCAUAGACGUUUAUAGCGAGUGCAAAUGCGACGAUGGAAAAGUCACAUGUUCUCAACGCGUAUAUCCCAAGAACCCAUGUACCUACAAAGAAAAAAUCUAUCAGGACGGUCAAACAUUCAUAGACGUUUAUAGCGAGUGCACAUGCAACGAUGGACAAGUCACAUGUUCUCAACGCGCAUAUCCCAAGAACCCAUGUACCUACAAAGGAAACAACUAUCAGGACGGUCAAACAUUCAUAGACGUUUAUAGCGAGUGCAAAUGCGACGAUGGAAAAGUCACAUGUUCUCAACGCGUAUAUCCCAAGAACCCAUGUACCUACAAAGAAAUAAUCUAUCAGGACGGUCAAACUUUCAUAGACGUUUAUAGCGAGUGCAAAUGUGACGAUGGACAAGUCACAUGUUCUCAACGCGUAUAUCCCAAGAACCCAUGUACCUACAAAGAAAAAAUCUAUCAGGACGGUCAAACUUUCAUAGACGUUUAUAGCGAGUGCAAAUGCGACGAUGGACAAGUCACAUGUUCUCAACGCGUAUAUCCCAAGAACCCAUGUACCUACAAAGGAAACAACUACCAGGACGGUCAAACUUUCAUAGACGUUUAUAGCGAGUGCAAAUGCGACGAUGGACAAGUCACAUGUUUUCAACGCGUAUAUCCCAAGAACCCAUGUACCUACAAAGGAAACAACUAUCAGGACGGUCAAACAUUCAUAGACGUUUAUAGCGAGUGCAAAUGCGACGAUGGAAAAGUCAAGUGUUCUCAACGCGUAUAUCCCAAGAACCCAUGUACCUACAAAGGAAACAACUAUCAGGACGGUCAAACUUUCAUAGACGUUUAUAGCGAGUGCAAAUGCAACGAUGGACAAGUCACAUGUUCUCAACGCGCAUAUCCCAACUGCAAAUGUGACAAUGAAAAGGCCACGUGUUCUCAACGCGUUUGUCCCAUUGCAAAUCAGCCUCCGACCAAUCCACCGCCCACACCAUUGCCCACCACGUGUCCAUGUCCAGACACGCAUUGUUGCCGUGUCGUUUGGCGUUACGGUGGGAAGAAGAGGACAUCGUGCUGUCCGCAAUGCAGGUUUACUCAGGAUACUUGGGGAAGUGACUGUGUCCACAUUUGAAACACGAGAAAGCUUAAAUUUGUUGUUUUAUUAGUUUGCUUAUUAACCUUAAAACAAAAGGGAACAUUUUUAUCACGAUCGCGUUACCAUUUAAAUAAACAACAUAGGUUUUUGGAAA